GACACUGCCCAGCCCAAGUGCCGCCGCCGCUUCCACAGGGCUCUGGCUGGACGCCGCCGCCACCGCUGCCACCGCCUCUGAUUCAAGCUACCUCCCGCCAGAGAGGUGUCAUGAGCUUCCAAAAGUUCUCCCCCUUCCUGGCUCUCAGCAUCUUGGUCCUGUUGCAGGCAGGCAGCCUCCAUGCAGCACCAUUCGGGUCUGCCCUGGAGAGCAGCCCAGUAGACCCAGCCAUGCUCAGUGAGGAGGAAGCGCGCCUCCUGCUGGCUGCACUGGUGCAGGACUAUGUGCAGAUGAAGGCCAGUGAGCUGGAGCAGGAGCAGGAGGCAGAGAGCUCCAGCCUGGACAGCCCCAGAUCUAAGCGGUGCGGUAAUCUGAGUACUUGCAUGCUGGGCACAUACACGCAGGACUUCAACAAGUUUCACACGUUCCCCCAAACUGCAAUUGGGGUUGGAGCACCUGGAAAGAAAAGGGAUAUGUCCAGCGACUUGGAGAGAGACCAUCACCCUCAUAAUCAUUGCCCAGAAGAGAGCCUGUGACACUGCCACCUGUGUGACUCAUCGGCUGGCAGGCUUGCUGAGCAGAUCAGGGGGUGUGGUGAAGAACAACUUUGUGCCCACCAAUGUGGGUUCCAAAGCCUUUGGCAGGCGCCGCAGGGACCUUCAAGCCUGAGUAGCUGAAUGACUCAAGAAGGUGACAAUGAAGCUGAACUCCUUUAAUGUGUAAUGAAAGCAAUUUGUAGGAAAGGCUCCAUGGAAGACAUAUAUAUAUAGGCAUCCUUCUUGAUACUGAAAACUAUCUUCUUUGUUUGAAAGGAACUAUUGCUAAAUGCAGAACAAGAUCAUUGCAGUUACCUAUUGUGCAUCUUUUUAAAUACUUGAUUAUGUAACCAUAAAUCUGACAGCAUGUCUCACUGGCUUAUCUGGUAGCAAAUCUAGGCCUCAUCAGCCAUCCUAUUGACACUGGUGGCUCUGCUAAACCUCAGGGGGACAUGAAAUUACUGCCUCUUGGGCAUCUGGGGACACAUGGUGAUGCUGUGCCUUGACAGAAGUAUUUGAUUAAAGAAAUGUCAAUGCUGUCAUUUGUGAACUCUAUCAAAAUUAAAAAUGUAUUUUCUACACCCUUCAA